AUUCAAAUGACUGCUGCUCCAGUGCAGAGAGGAUGGAACCGUAGCCUAUCUUUAUGAUGACAGAUCGUCAAGGUUAAACUUGUGAUUUUUUGCAUUAACGAAAAAGUUUUCCACUGCAGCAGCAAUUAUGAGGGACAGACUAGAUCAUCUGCAGACCAUCUGUGAGUCUAAAAGCCAGCCGGUGGAGAUGGAGUCAGACUCUUUCAGCAAUGUGGACCUGGAGGAUUUCAACCAGCAGGCUGUCAUUUAUGACAGCAGUGACCAGAUGGAGUCUGUGCUUGAUGAGGCUCAGGAAACUAGGUGUGAGAUUCAGCUCAUCCGCCUUGAAGUAAAGCGUCUCAAGGAGCAAAACACACGUUUACUUAGUGUACCAACUCGUACAACUCAUAUAAAACGCAACGCUAAUGUCAUCGUCAGUGACAUCAAGCACAGAGGAGAAGAUGUUCUGGCACGCCUUCAUAAAAUGGAUACCCACGCCAAAGAGCUUGAAGAAGAGCACCACGUGAACUCCGCUGUAGCGAGAAUUGCCCGAACACAGUAUGCCACCCUGAGCAACAACUUCCGGGAUGCAAUGACUGAGUACAAUGAUGCAGAGAUGAGCCACAAGGAAAGUUGCAAGCUUCACAUCCAACGGCAAAUGGAGAUAGUGGGCAGAGAGGUUUCAAGUGAGCAGAUUGAGGAGAUGCUGGAAAAUGGCCAGUGGAACAUCUUCAGUGACAACAUUAUCUCAGAAGGUAAAACGGCUCGAUCCGCACUCAACCAGAUUGAGAGCAGACAUCGGGACCUGCUGGAGUUAGAAAGUCGACUCAAGAGCCUUCAUGAAGUGUUUCUGGAUGUAGCUAUGCUUGUUGAGGAACAAGGACCCAUGACAGACUACAUCUUAAACAAUGUUCAGAAAACCGAUGCUUUGCUUUGUGAAGUCCUUGUCAAAUUGAAAAGGGCCAAGAGGUAUAAAAAUAACAACCCAUUCAAGAAAAUAUUCUGUGGAUGCUUUCCGUGCGCAAAGAUUUGAGGCCGUUGAUCAGAGCGACUGUGAACAGUGUGGAAUUGCCCAUUGAAAGGGCUGCAGUAUCUGCUGGGACAAUAGUUCUCCAAGACAAAAGCUUUCUUUUAUUAGUACCCAUCCAAAUCAAAGAGAUCACAAAACCUGAUUGCUUGACACUGCUAAAAUGAACAGGAAAACAGCUGAGAGGAAAUUAAGCGAAACAAACAAACAAACUGUAAACAUUCCCUGCUUUACAACAUAGGCUCACAUUUGCCUUAACCAGUAAGUAUUUUCAUUUACAUAUUAAUAACAGCAAUUUAAUAGCUAUAUUUAUAUAGCUAUAAAUCUAAAUAUAAUAUUCAUACCCAGUGAAGUCAAUUCACAUCAUAAAGGUAAAGGAUCAUUAAAUGGAACUUUAAAUGGAAUUAUUGGAUACACAUUCCAUAUGCAUUGCUAUGUUUUUUUUACCAUCUAUCAUGCAAUGAUGAUAUUCUUACAUUGUAGUUACCCCAGUAACAAUAAGAUUUAUUCAGAAGCAUAAAACACACCAUUUAGUCAUACCUUUUUCAUUCUUAUUAUGUCAUUUCUAACCUGGCUGAACUGAACACACACUUUCGUGUCUCCUUUAAUUGGAAUAUGAAGCAUUUUCCUUGUUUCAUUGCAGUUUUUGAUUCUCUUAUUGUUUUUCACAUUAUAAUUAGUUUCUCUUGAACAUUACACAUAUUGCAUAAAGUCUUUGUUAGUCAGGUAGAAGAUAAAGUAUAUGUUUUAUAAUUUUGUGUUUUUCUCUGUUAUUAUCUUAUUAUAUGUGACAACAUUUUCUCUUUUUUACCUAGUGUCUCUGUUUACAGUAUAAAGUAUCUGAGCCCUAUUAUUAUUAAUAUGAAUAAUGUUUAUCGCUCAUAUGCAUGUCUGAAAGUGUUUUAGGCCUAUGUUAACUGUAGCCUAAAUCUACUCUGAAAUGUACCUUCAGUGCUAUUAAAAUGUUAUCUCAUGAACA